GGUGUUGCAAGUGUCAAUACUUAUAUACGUAUAAAUGUACAAAACAUGUACUCGUGUACAUAUAAAAGCUCGUACUAUUGCAAGGUUUGAUCUAGUAUCUAUCAAUUUUCCUUUGAUGAUUCGUUAAUAUUUCUUUUUGCACACGAUGAGAACUAUUAUUACGAUACUUGUACUUUUCCUCAUACAAUGCACGUAUUUACGUGCCGAACUUAAUCAAGUGCCUAUGGGAAAAAUUUCAAAUUCCUGUGUCUUUGGCGUUAAAUCGGUAUCAUUAUAUCUAUAUAACAGCCGUGUUACAGAUGAAAAAGUCCUGGAAAACAAGCUUUGUAACAAUAUUGAUCCGUCGCAACCGCUCAUCUUUCUAAUCCAUGGCUUCACUAGUUACGCAAAUUCGAGUACUACUAGAGAACUGGCCAUGCAAUUGAAAUCAGACUACACAGUAUUUGCAUUGGAUUGGUCUCAAGGAGCCUGCACAGAUGGGAUACCCAUCUUGAAGUUCGCGGCAUAUCCUAGUGCGGUGUUCAACACUCGAGAGAUAGGUCACCGUUUGGCAAACUAUACCCGUACCUUGAUCAAAGAAUGCGAUGUUCCAAUAGAAAAGAUAACGUACAUCGGCCACAGCCUCGGCGCGCACGUGAGUGGCUUUGCUGCGAAAUAUAUGCAGAGUGGUGGCUUCAAGAUUGAACGUAUCGUUGCUGCUGAUCCCGCAUCGCCGUUAUUCGGAAUCAACAAAUGCGAGAAUAGACUUUGCAAAUCGGAUGCCAAAUAUGUAGAAGUUCUUCAUACAUCGGAUUUCGGGAUACAGUACGAAAUAGGUCAUGCCGAUUUCUACUUCAAUGGCGGACACAUACAACCAAAAUGCGGCAUAAAUAUAAUCCCUUGCUCACACACGAGAGCUGUUACUUAUAUAACAGAUAUGUGUAAAAAUAAUUGUGGAUUCCUUGGUGUUUCUAACAGUUUAUCCCCUUAUCCUGAUUCUAACACAACAGAUUGCAUUAUCGUGAAUUGCAAUAUAUUACAAAACAAUUCCAUGGAGGGAAAAUAUUACGUAUACGUUGAUAAGGAUAAGCAUUGUACACAAGAUACUUUCAACUGUAAACAGUAAUAGCAGUCGUUAAAUUUGAAAUGUCAGUUUUUUAAAUAAGAAAAAAUAUAAGAAGAAUGAAAUUUUACGAUAAAUUAUUAUA